CGUAUUUCAAUGCAAUCAACCUGUAAUUAUAUAAUCCAAUCCAUUAGAUUAAAACAAAUAUGGUUUCGGAGAGAACUUUUAAGAAUCCGAAAAUUCUGAAGAGAGUUAAGAUAUUAUCAUAAUAGAACCACUUGAUGAAUAGAAACAAGCGUAUUAGUUUUUAUCUUUACUAUUAGAAUCAAUAAAACAAAUGCUCUCUAUUUGUCAACUUAAAAUCAAGCCAAUCCUAAUUAUUCUUCUAUUCAAAGACCAGGUUAAUCAUCAAUAAUCGAUUCAAGAAUUUAAUAAACAAACCAAUCAUUUCAAUCAGAACAUAAACCUUAUUUUUAACAAUCACAAAAACCUAGACAUGAAUAACCUAUUUCAAAUACCAGAGGAUAUGAUUUAAAUUCUAUCUAACAAACACAACAACAAUUCACAAAAUAACCAUUAUUCAAACCUAAUGCUAGUCCUUAAUAACAACCAAUCAUUGAAGUAUAACCUAGAGUUACAUCAUCAAUAAUAAAAUAAACUAAUAAGCAAUUUCAAUAACCUAUUUACGAUAGUGAAGAAGAGAUUCAGAAAAAUGAAGUUUAACUGAAAACCUCAUUAAAAUAACCAUCCGUUGGAGAAUUACCUAAUGUUAGUAAUUUAACCAAUUCUGACAUACCUUUAGGUGGAAAAACAGGGCAAAAUUAGUAUCCACCUCCAAACAGAGAACCAAUAGCUUCUGUUUUGACAGGAAAAGAUAAAUAAUAAUUAAUUGCCAAUGCUAAAUAAUAAUUAUAAACUCUAGAGCUAUUACCUUCAAAAUUAUCAUCUCAAAACUAUUCAGGUUAAGAUAUUUGCGAGAUUGUUGUCUAAAAAAAUGGAUUAAUUAAAUUGCAAUAAGAUUUAAAUAAUAUUCUAAGUAAUGAUCACAAUUCAAUUAUUUUGGUUGCAAUUAUAGGGUAAAAUAAAUCAGGUAAAAGUACAUUACUUAAUGAAAUUGCUCAUACAAAUAGUAAAUCAAAAUUUGGAAAUAAUGGAAUAUAUAUGUUAUCAAAACCACUUGUAAUAGAAUAAAAAAGUUAUUAUUUUAUAGAUUGUUAGUGUACUGAUAAUUAAAUGUUAUAAGCUUUUGUUACUUUAAGUUCCUCAACUUUAUUAUACAAUACACUAAAAUUAGAUGAUAAUAGUAUUUAGUAUUUUCCAGUUCUUGAUACAAUAUUAAGAUUAUUUGGUAAUGAAUAUGCUUUAAUGCAAUUAUUACCUAAUUUUAUAUGGGUUUAACGAGAUACUCUCUAAGCUCGUCCAAUAACUGAAUUAUAAGAGUUUCUUGUCAAGGCCAAUAAAAGUUAAUAGUUUGAAAAAUUAAUUAAACAAAGGGAUGUAGCUUUUAUUGCUCCUUAAGGAUCAUCAGAAUAUCAAGCUUCAAUUUCAUCAUUGAAAGAUAGAAUUACUUUAGGAAGUGUCUGUAAAUAAGUCAACAGUUACAAUUUGAAUGGGCCUUUAAUGUAUUUGUAUAUGGAAUAAAUUGUUGAUUUACUGAAUAAACCAGUAUCAUUGUAAUUAGAUUAAUUAUGGGUAUCUAUUUGUGAAGAUUAUACAAAAGAUAUCUAUAAUUAAAGUCUUAAAUCAUUUGUCCAAUCAGUUGAGAAUUGGAUGAAAGAAAAUUAAAAAGUUAAUGAAAUAGAAAUAUACAAAUAAUUUAGAGAUUUUAAAGAUAUUUCUUUGUAAAAAAUAUUUCCUACUUGUUUUUUAAAUAAUAAAAAUAGAUCAUAUCAAUAAUAUAAAAAAACAUUGUAAGAAAUUCUAGCAUUUAAAGAAAAAUAAGCUUAUUAAUUUUGUUUUUAUACUAGCUAAUGUGAUAAUGAUAAUUUAUUGACAAAGAAUAUAAAUAAAAUGAAUUAUAAAGAUAUUGAUUCAUUCUCUUAAACAUUUAAUAAUAUGAUAGAUUUAUUAUUAAAGCAAAACUACUAAUUUUAAUAAUGUACUGCAUUUACAGAGAGCUUAUAACGAAAUUAUAACAAAAUGAUAGAGGAUCUAUUUUCAAAAUAUUCAAAGAUAUAAGCAAACUCUGAAGAAUAAUAAUUAAAUUUAUAAUAAUCUAAAGUUUAGGUGAUAAACAAGGAAGAGGAAUUGAAAAAGAAAAAAGAAUAAGUAAAUUUUUAGGAGAAGAAAAGAAACCUUUUAAUUUAGGAAAUAAAGGAUUUAUAGGAAUAGAUUAGAUUAGAGAAAGAAUCAAUAGGACCUGAUGCAAGAUAAUCUCAAUAAGGUCCAAGUGAAGAUCAAUUGUUAGGAAUGAAGUAGAAGAUUGCACAAAAUAAAUAAGAAAUUUAAUCAUUAAAAAAAUAGAUUUAAGAUGCUGAACGUAGAAAGAAUGAAGAAGGAUGUAUCAUAUAUUGA